AAUUUGGACAGAGAAGACGGGCUAGAGACGGUGUUAGAGGUUCCAGUGCCGGAAGAAAUGUUUACCAAGAUGGGAAGCAACGCGGCAGGGCGGUGGAGGAAUAUGCACGCUCUCAUGAAGGCACAUGCCGUUGUAACCGCGGUGGCGACUGACGUCAGAACACCGGCGUCAUCUUCAUCGAUGAGUAAUGUCAAUAUGCAUUUGCAAUCAAAAUCAGACAACGAGUUUGUGGCCUUGUUGAAAAUCGUGGGAAGUCCUCUUAUUCCUUUUCAUGUCCCUCUUGAGUUUUGUCUAUCCCGACCCAUCAACGACACUUCCAUCGAGGCGUCGACGGCUAAAUACAUAGUGCAACAGUACGUGGCAGCGUGCGGAGGUCCAGCGGCUUUAAACGCGGUGAAGAGCAUGUACGCGGUGGGGCAGGUGAGGAUGCAAGGCUCCGAGAUGGUUGCUGGAGAGGACCAAGGGACGGGUACGCCGGUGAGGCUGGGUAAAGGCAGUUUCGAGGUCGGAGGUUUUGUUUUAUGGCAGAAGAAUCCAAAUCUUUGGUUCUUGGAGCUAGUGGUUUCCGGUUUCAAGAUUAGCGCCGGUAGUGACGGCAAAGUGGCUUGGAACCAAUCCUCUACUCAACCUUCUCAGGCCCACCGUGGCCCUCCUCGUCCUCUCCGCCGCUUUUUUCAGGGACUAGACCCGAGAUGCACGGCAAGUCUAUUCCUAGACGCUGUUUGCAUCGGCGAACAAUCAGUUAACGGUGAAGACUGUUUUGUCUUAAAGUUAGAAACGCCAUCAGAUAUUCUCAAGGCACAAUGCUCACCAAACACGGAAGUGAUCCACCACACGGUGUGGGGUUACUUCAGCCAACGAACGGGACUUCUUGUAAAGUUCGGUGACACAAAGCUCGUGAGGGUCAAAUCUGGUAGAGGCAAAAGCGAUGGCGUUUUCUGGGAGACAAGUAUGGAGUCAAUCAUCGACGAUUAUAUAUUCGUUGACGCAGUAAACAUAGCUCACGGUGGUCAAACUGUGACAACGCUUUAUCGUUACGGCGGAGCUGUAAAUCACCGAAGAAGAAUAGAGGAGAAAUGGCGGAUCGAGGAAGUGGAUUUCAAUAUUUGUGGAUUGUGUUUGGAGAGCUUUUUACCACCGUCGGAUAUCAACACUGAUCAUUAGAAACUGCGAACCGGUACUGUGCUGUUCAAAUUGAUGGUCGGUUCUUUGAUGUUAGUGAAUAUAAAAUUGGCUUUGGACUGCUGUUUUAGAUUGUCUUGUGAUUCUCAGUUCAUGGGAAGUUUGUUAUAGCUCUUGGAUGGAAUAAGGUGUAUGCAUUUGAGAUUUGUCAGAUUGUAGAACCCAGGAAGUGGUGCUUCAAGUGUAUCGUACUUCACAAGAUUUAGAAGAAAUGUGUUUUUGACUC